AGUGAUCGAUAAGGUUUAUCCUGAUGCAUUGCAGGGCCGAUCCUUUCUAUCCUGCGCCACAGUUGUCUCCGAUUGCCCAUGGACACUCCACACCGGGCACACUCGGCACUCAUCCAUUGGAUGAUGACUUUGAGGCUAACAUGCUUUGCCAAUUCGGCAGCGCGAGGGUUCCUGGCCUAGAUCGCUGGAAUGUUGGUGACACGAUUGCAUUCAGGAGCAGGUCGAUUCGGGAGAGCGAUAACAAUGAAAUUUUGAGUUUGUAGUGACCGCUCAAUCGUCAAUUUGCAAUUGGGUGUCGACUGGAAGCAGAUCGACAUGGCGGAGUUGCUCCAGCAACGCUUUUGCAAUGCCGGAGAAUGGACGAGCCUCCGGCAACAGUGUGCUUGCAGCUUGUCGUCGCGGUGGUUUCACCCGUUCAAUGUAGCUCUCAAGCGGCGCUCUCAAAGUUCAGGGAUCCUGGGUGUGGGGCAUUCCCAGCCACGACAGAGUUUUGAGCUCCGAGCAUACGCAAAGAGAGUGUCCGAAGUGGAAGUGGACAAGCAGGCCAGGACGGCGGUUGUGGUAGGCGGAGGAUGGGCGGGCUUCGGCGCAGCACACGCUUUAACCAAGCUAGGAUUUAGUGUCACUGUCUUAGACGCCUCUCCUUCGCCCGGGGGGCUAAGUACAGGCUUCCGCACUGCUCAAGGUCGACCAGUCGAAGCUGGUAUCAAGGGAUUUUGGUGGCAAUACCACAAUAUUUACAGUCUUCUGAAAGAGGUCAACGUGGUAUGGCCGUUCACAGAUUGGACGAUGAGCUCCUUUUACUCACCAGAGGGCAUUCAAGUAGAGGCUCCCGUUUUCAAUGAACUCCCUCGCCUUCCGACUCCGCUUGGUUCUUUUUUGUACACUUCUCCGUAUUUCAGAAAUUUGUCGGUGGUGGACCGCCUCACUGCACUUCCACUCAUUCAAGCCCUUCUUGAAUUCGACGCAGACGAGGAAACGUACGCCAAGUACGAUGCAAUGACAGCACGGGAGCUGUUUCGCAAGGCAGGAGUAUCGGCAAAACUUUACCGGGACUUUUUGCAACCUAUACUCCUAGUCACCCUCUUCGCUCCUGGGGAGCAGCUCUCAGCGGCAGCAGCUCUCGGAGCAUUGUACUACUACGUUCUGGCUCAUCAGGCAGACUUCGACGUCUGUUGGUGCAAGGGCUCAGUGGCAGAGGCUAUUUUCAAGCCCUGGCUUGAUACUCUGAACUCUCAAGGAUGCCGCAUGCUGGGAAACAACCGUGUAGUAGAUGUUAUCUAUGAAGAAGAAAGCAACAAGAUCACAGGAAUUAUUGCCAUGGACGGCAGUGGGGAACGGACAGUAUAUGAAGCUGAUGUAGUGGUCUUUGCAGUUGGGGUUCAAGCAAUGCAGAGAAUCGUGGCAUCGUCUCCGGCCUUGGCAGGGCGUGAAGAGUUUGCAGGGAUAUCAAAUCUGGGCACUGUUGACGUCCUUGCAACUCGGUUAUGGCUCGAUCGGCGUGUUCCAUUGAAGAACCCAUCCAACGUGCUGGCGGGGUUUGAGCCCACCACGGGGGCAACACUCUUCAACUUGAACGCUUUGCAAGGUGAAUUUGCCGAUGAGCCGGGGAGUGUUCUGGAGCUAGACUUCUACCACGCUAACCAGCUGCUUCCACUUUCAGACGACGCAGUGAUUCAGAAGGUGAUGAAGGAUUAUCUGACUCGAUGCGAGCCACGCUUUGCAGGCGCACAAGUGGUAGACAGCAGUGUACUGCGAUUUAAAAACGCGGUGACGCUGUUCGGACCAGGCUCCCAUCAGCACAUGCCCUCGACCACGACCAGCUUCCAGAAUGUGUUCAUGUCCGGUGACUGGUUGCGACAGGGACCUGGAGCGCAUGGCGCUAGGGGCCUGUCGCAGGAGAAGGCCUUCGUCACGGGGUUGAUCGCGGCGAACGCUGCUGCGGCCAGCGUGGGGCUGCAAGCUCAGGUGGAGAUUCUCGCAGUGGACGAGGAUGAGGCCCACAUUGCCGCGGGCAAAGCCGCCGUGCAAGGCGCGCGUCGUGCCGCUCUUGCCUUGGGCCUCACAUCCCCUUUCUUGUAAGCUGAAGCAGGGCAGGAACGGGCAGAGAAGAAACGGGCAGGGUAGGAACGGGCAGGGGAGGGAAGGGCAUAUCCCUUUACUUGUGAUGAGAUUCUAACAUAUCUUUGUUAGAUCAAUCUUGUGUUGUGUAGCAUGGAAAGGUGCAAUCCACUUGGUUUGGUGAGGAUUCUGGUCAAUUUUUUCGCAAUCUUUUAAGAAUGUUUUAACAUGGAAAAAUCUCACGAGAACAGCUGAGAAUUGUAAAGGCUUGUACUGAAUUCCUUUCCGAAA